UCUUUAAUCUUGUCCUCUUUUAUAAUUAAGUACCUAUGGAUAAUCAAUUUCUUUUUACUGCAAAAAAUAGUUUAUAUUAAUAUAUAUACAUAUUAAUAAAUCAGUCGUAUAUUUUUUGCACUAAUAAUGCAUAAAGUGCUACCAUUAGCAAGCUACAUUUCAAUGAUCUAGAUGUAAAGAGAGUAACGAUGAAGUAUUUCUGUGACGAAGCACAUGAACAGUGAAGAGAUUUUUAUAUGAAUUUAGUGUUUUGUUGGUGUGUGAAUUUUAACCCAUAAAAAUGAAGAGUGCAUUGCCAAAAGAUAAACCUGGCAAAAUGAGAAUCAGAGCUUUUCCUAUGACUAUGGAUGAAAAGUAUGUGGAGAGUAUAUGGAGUUUACUAAAAAAUGCAAUACAAGAAAUUCAAAAGAAAAAUAAUUCAGGUUUAUCUUUUGAAGAACUCUAUCGUAAUGCCUAUACUAUGGUCCUCCAUAAGCAUGGGGAAAGGCUAUAUACUGGACUGAAGGAAGUUGUAACUAAUCAUCUUGAAACCAAGGUCAGGAAAGAUGUGAUACAUUCAUUAAACAAUGGUUUUCUUCAAACAUUGAACAACGCCUGGACUGACCACCAAACUAGCAUGGUCAUGAUCCGUGAUAUACUUAUGUAUAUGGACAGGGUAUAUGUACAGCAAAAUGAAGUGGACAAUGUGUACAAUCUAGGACUAAUCAUUUUUAGAGAUCAGGUCGUCCGUUACGGGUCGAUUCGUGACCACUUACGUCAGACUCUCCUGGAAAUGGUGGCGCGUGAACGUCGGGGGGAAGUUGUUGACCGGUUGGCGAUACGCAACGCCUGCCAGAUGCUUAUGGUGCUCGGCAUUAAUUCCCGGGCUGUGUAUGAAGAAGAUUUUGAAACGCCAUUUCUACACCAAUCUGCUGAGUUUUAUAGGAUGGAAUCUCAAAAGUUCUUGGCAGAGAACAGCGCGGCAGUGUACAUCGCGCGCGUGGAAGCCCGUAUCAGUGAAGAGGCAGAGCGCGCCCGCCACUAUUUGGAUGAGACUACUGAGCCACGGGUAGUUGCCGUGCUGGAACAUGAACUCAUCGAGCAGCACAUGAAGACCAUUGUAGAGAUGGAGAACUCUGGCGUAGUGCAUAUGCUUAUGCAUACCCGCACCGGCGAGCUGGCGUGCGUGUACAAGCUGCUGUCGCGCGUUCCCGACGGACUGCGUACUGUCGCUGAUGCAGUCUCGGCACACCUCCGCGAACAGGGGCGCGCGCUCGUCACCGACAAUCACAACAACACCAACGCCAUCACUUUCGUGCAGAAUUUACUUGAUCUCAAAGCAAGAUUUGAUCACUUUUUGCAGAAUUCAUUCAAUAAUGAUAAGAUAUUUAAACAUAUGAUUGCUUCUGACUUUGAAUAUUUUCUUAAUUUAAAUAAUAAAUCCCCUGAGUUCUUGUCGCUAUUCAUCGACGGUAAACUGAAAAAAGGAGAAAAAGGCAUGAGUGAACAAGAAAUUGAGGCAGUUCUUGACAAAACAAUGGUGCUUUUCCGUUUUCUUCAAGAAAAAGAUGUAUUUGAACGAUAUUACAAACAACACUUAGCCAAGCGACUGUUGCUCAAUAAAUCUGUGUCUGAUGAUAGCGAGAAGAAUAUGAUCUCCAAACUGAAGACUGAGUGCGGUAGCCAGUUCACAUCCAAACUUGAAGGCAUGUUCAAGGACAUGACAGUUUCCAAUACCAUCAUGGAAGAAUUUAAAGAGCAUGUGCUGUCAACCGGGACCAAUCUUCAUGGGGUAGAUCUGUCCGUGCGAGUACUCACUACUGGACUGUGGCCGACACAGAGCGUCACGCCCAAGUGUAAUAUACCCAUCGCACCUAGAAAUGCUUUCGAUGUCUUUAGAAGCUUCUACCUGGCGAAACACUCGGGGCGGCAGCUGUCGCUGCAGCCGCAGCUGGGCAACGUGGACCUGCACGCGACGUUCCGCGGGGCGGCGGCGGCGGGCGGAGGCCCGGCCUCCCCGCCGCGCUCGCCGCGCGACCAGCACGAGGCGCCGCCUGCCGCGCCCGCUCCCGCUCCCGCCCCGCGACGACACAUCAUACAGGUCUCGCCCUUCCAGAUGUGCGUGCUGCUGCUCUUCAACAAGCGCGAGAGGCUCACUUACGAGGAAAUACUCAACGAGACUGAUAUUCCGGAGAAGGACCUCGUCCGCGCACUACAGUCGUUAGCGAUGGGAAAACCAACACAAAGAGUACUCAUUAAACAUCCCAAGACUAAGGAAAUAGAACCAUCUCAUCAAUUCUACGUUAACGAUGCCUUCACGUCUAAACUGUACAGAGUGAAGAUCCAAACAGUAGCAGCUAAGGGCGAAUCAGAGCCCGAACGACGAGAGACACGCAACAAAGUGGACGAGGAUCGUAAACAUGAAAUCGAAGCGGCCAUCGUGCGCAUAAUGAAAGCCAGAAAGAAAAUGGCGCACACGUUGUUGGUGGCGGAAGUGACAGAACAGCUCCGCGCACGGUUCCUGCCAUCUCCAGUAGUUAUCAAGAAACGCAUCGAGGGACUCAUCGAGCGCGAGUAUCUCGCGCGUACGCCGGAUGAUCGCAAAGUUUACACUUACGUCGCAUAGGCCAUGAAUCUCAAGCCCUUGAAAGGUGGAUGCCAAGUUAGAAGUGAUAGAAGUAACAAAAGUAUUUAAAUUAUUUCAAAAUAAAAUUAAUAGUU